GAUUUUCUACGCAAUGCAUACUAUGCCGAGAGUUUUAGUAUACGGGUUGUAAUUAAAAGAAAAGUGGAUAAGUUAUUCGUGGAUAGACAGACGUACAAUAUAAUAGUGAGGAUAAAUGGGAGCUCGCUCUACGGUUUGGAGGAUGGCGCACUGCGGGGCGAGGUAGAAAGCCGCGGGCGCGGCACCGAGCCAGCCCUCACCGAGCUGCACUCCACCCUGCCACCUGCCGCGCCCGAACACUGGCACACCCUAAUCCACGUCCUCAAAGGCCUCGUCUUCAUCACCAUCAUCCUCGGGGCACUCCUCGGCAACGCUCUCGUCAUCAUAUCUGUCCACCGGCACAGGAAACUUCGCGUCAUUACUAAUUACUACGUCGUCAGUCUUGCAGUUGCUGAUAUCUUAGUUGCCCUCUGUGCUAUGACGUUCAAUGCCAGCGCUGAACUGACAGAUACAUGGCUCUUUGGGCCCCUCGUCUGUGAUAUAUUCAAUUCCCUGGAUGUUUAUUUCUCAAGUGCAUCCAUUCUUCAUUUAUGUUGCAUCUCCGUGGAUCGUUACUAUGCCAUCGUAAGACCUUUGGAAUAUCCAGUUACAAUGACGCAUAGAACUGUCUGUUUUAUGCUUGCCAAUGUUUGGCUCUGGCCAGCUUUUAUCAGCUUUGUGCCCAUCUUCAUGGGUUGGUACACAACUGAGCAACACAGACAGUACAGAAAAUUUCAUCCAGAUGUAUGCAUUUUUAAAGCGAAUAUGAUCUACGCGUUAGUAUCUUCCAGCGUUUCAUUUUGGAUACCCAGUGUUGUGAUGAUUUCGAUGUAUUGUAAGAUAUUUAGAGAAGCAAUAAGACAAAGAGAAGCAUUAACCCGAACAUCAUCAAAUAUUCUGCUGAAUUCAGUUCAUAUAAAGCAUACAUCACAUUCUGCACAUCAUUCGCAUUAUCUACAUCCAGAUAGAAGACCUUCAGAUAUAAGUCCAAACUAUAGUACCUUCACAGAAGUUGGCCCUGAAGAGACUGAAUUAGCCGGAGAAGUAUUGGCUUUGGGAGAUAUUUGCCCAAGUAAGGAGGCAAGUCCAAGAAAGUCAGUGAACAUCAGUUCUGACACGGCGAGUUCUGGAUACUGUUCUGGGGGCUCAAAUAAGAGAUCAUUAAGUGGGCAGCCACAUGGGUGGCGACCAAGCUGUGCAUCGACUGUAGUAAAUAGAGAUCUUGCGAAAGCUGCAACGGAAUUAAAUUCACAAGGUGCAUCACUUCGUGCUGCCGGCAAGUCGUGGAGAGCGGAGCAUAAGGCUGCACGCACACUGGGCAUUAUUGUCGGAGCGUUUUUGUUGUGCUGGCUGCCAUUUUUUCUUUGGUACGUCACAACAAAUGUAUGCGGUGAGCCAUGCGAUACUCCAGAUGUUGUGGUCGGCGUAUUGUUUUGGAUUGGAUACCUGAACUCAGCCCUCAAUCCACUCAUAUACGCGUAUUUUAAUCGCGAUUUCCGAGACGCGUUUAAAAACACGCUCAUGUGUGCCCUGCCUUGUUGCUUCCAUUGUUGGAAGGACACGAGUAGUGCGCAUUAUGUGUGAUGGAAAAGCGUUGAUCACCGUACUUAGGCACGCAUAUAAUAUAAUACAGUAUUUUAUAUUUCUGGGAAUUUAAACGCUUAAUAUUAUAAAAAAUAUUUCGAAAAUAAGCAGAAGAUUUUGUAUAACAGUGAUAUUUAUUUGUAUUCUAUAUACAUAGUUGAAAAAAUAAUGAUUUAAGAUUCUCGGAAACUUUUCUUAAUUUUUAUUUUAAAGGGUAGAGAGUAGUCGUAGCAAUACAAAAGUUUAUGAUGUUAGCCUUCAGUAUAUUUAAAUCAUUUAGCUAUAAAAUUGUUGUUUAUAUAAUAUCACAAAAAGCUAAAGUGGAUGGAUGGAUCUUACCCUUAUUAUUUGAAAUAAAAAAAGUAUAUUUUUAGUAUAUCCAAAUUUACGUAUUUCUUUUCUAAUGAUAAUGAAAAUAAUGUAAUAUGAUAUUUUAUGUGCGAAUAGCUUAAUUAUAAAGUCGUGUUCAUUGUGAACGUAAAUUUACUAUUAAGAUAUUUUUAUCUGUGAUUACUUUUAAGUGUCAAAUCGCUAAGCAAUCAAAAGGAAUUGUAUUAAUAUAAUAGUGCCGUAGAUGUUAUAAGCUUUUUAGAAUUAAAUAUUGGUGAGAAUCAUUAUGUAAAACCAUUUAAACAAUUAUUUGACAUAUCUUGUUUAUUUAUGAUGUUUUGUGUGCCUUAUGAUGGGACUUUUGAUUCGACAUCAUAAGGAAUAAGAAAUUAUUCAUUAUUUUCAGAGUAUCCUAGAUCUUAUGAUAAAUAUAUGAUAAACUAUAUUUUUUAUUAGCCAUUAUAUAACAUACAUCAACCGCGUGGGUUCCGCCUGAUAUAUUGUUCAUCCAAGGGAGGCCAUUAAUUUAUAUGUGUGUUCAUUUUAAAGUGAAACUUAUAUUACAUCGUCUCAAACUUUUUCGUCUGUGUGUUGCAUGUCGCGUGAUGGUCGGGCGUCGCCUAUAGUUCGCAGCAGCUGACCGUGUAGUGUGUAAACUUUUUAUUUUAAUUACUCAUUUGUGCCAGUGGUCCACGCUAUUUUGUUUGUUUUUAUGUUAUGAAUAUGUAAAGGAUAAUAUAUAAAUUUGUUCUUUUUUCUUUGCUGAUACUAUGGUUAAUUUGUGAAAAAAAAAAAGUAUUCACUUACAUCGUGCUUUCAUAAAAUCACACAGUUGCUUUUUUUAAUUGAAUCAAAAUAGGUUGGGUAUUUCAGCACAUAUUUAUUUUUUUAAGACAAUGUAAUAAUCGCUAUGACCAUUUAACUAAGUAAACCAAAGUUUCGAGAGCUUAUUGAAAGCACUCACCACAGAGAAUUUGCCGUUAUUGAUAUUUUUAGUAUUUUUUAAAUAAAAUUUCAUUUCAAUUAAUAUAAUUUCUGAUAUGGUUAAAUUCUUUACUCUUAUUAACUUAAAAUUUCAUCUAGAAUAAAAAUAUUACUCAUUAAAUUGAAUAAAGAUGUGUUUAAUGCCUCACAACAUUAUUAUCCACUGUUGUUUAUUCUCCCAUUAUCCUGGACGGAACCGAUAAAACUGUCAGAAAUUUUAUGUUCCCAUUCUCUUGAAUAGACUUUUAUGUCUUUAUCAUUAAUAAAAUAUCGUAUAAGGGUUUCAAUUUUUCUUUUCUUCCAUGUGAAACAUGGUCGAAUGAGUUAUCUAUGAAAAGAACAUUUAAUGAGAGUACAUAUUUAUUGUUUUUGAUAGUACAAGUGGGAGGUUCUUUGCACAGGAUGCUGGUUAGAUUAUGGGUACCACAACGGCGCCUAUUUCUGCCGUGAAGACGUAAUGUGUGUAAACAUUACUGUGCAAAUGAAAUUGAAUUACUCGACAAAUGAGACUUAACAUCUUAUGUCUCAAGAUGACGAGCGCAGGUGUAGUGCCGCUCAGAAUAUUUGGGUUUUUCAAGAAUCCUGAGCGGCACUGCAUUGUAAUGGGCAGGUAGUAUUAAUUACCAUUAGCUGAACGUCCUGCUCGUCUCGUCCCUUUUUUCAUAAAAAAGAACCCAAUUUUAUACUUAACAUUAAUUUUCAAUUACUUUCCUCACAGAUAUCCAAUAAAUUAAAUUGGCAAUAAGAAUUAUUGGUUAAUAAUAAUUCACGAAUAAAAUUUAAUUUUAGGAGUUUCUAAAAUGGCAAUUAACCAUGCAGUGAAAUGUCGGAUAAAUAAUUCAAUAAGUUAGAUUUUUUUUAAAUAAGUUAGUUUUACGUCUAUAUGAUUAAAAAUAUCAUAAGUUAAGAAAUUGUAAAGUAUUAAUUCAAAAAGGGGAAAACGCAUACGUAAGAAUUGUACUGAAAUGAUAAGGUUUAUAAUAAUUAUUUAUUAAUAUAUUUAAUGCAAAGAUAUAAGUAAUAAUAAUUUCACUAUUAAUUAGUCGAGAAAAUAUUAUAAAGUUCACGUUGUGGUGCAUUUAUGGAGAUGCUUUCAAUUUGGAAUAAUGGAUCGAAUUUAAAAUAACCGCCAGUUUGUCCGCUUGUAUCAUUCAGUAAUAGCCAUCGCUGUACAUACGAAAAUUACCGUUAAUUACAAUAAAUUGUACUGUGUGGAUAUAUUUUUUAUGUAGCAAUUUGCUAUUUUUAUCCGACAAACAGAAAUGCUUAAUGUUUGAAUAAACAAAUAAGACACUAAUGUUUUAAAAACUCGAUAAGGUCCUCAAUGCAUGUGAAUUUCCCUUUUUUUCUGAGAGUGAUUUACCUCAAGGUAAAUCUUAAUAGAUUAUCGAAGAAGUCUUGGAAAAAUAGUACCUACAGAAUUUAAGGGUAGGAAAAGGGAAUUAAAUUAUUACUCAGUAUAUCCCGUUUCUGAGUGGAUCUCAACUGGUUAGAUUUUAGAUCAUAUGUUUGUAGGCAGUUAUAAGAAAAAUAAAUAGGCACGCAAUAAUGUUAACAAUACUUAAUAAAAUAAGUUUGAAGACGGGAGCUGUAUUUUCUUUGGCUUGCUUAUUAUUUCGAGAUAUUUAUUGACACUUUUUAAUGGCAUCAAAGGCAUCACAUUUUUACAAAAAAGGUAGACAUGCAUAUAUUUAAAAAAAAAAUUUAGAUCGACAGUUUACAUCGCUAAAGUAAGCAUCAAAUUUUACCAAUUUAAUUCAAUAAGUGAGGAAAAACUUAAAACUAACAAAUUAAAAAACUUUAUUAUCAAUUUUCCAUUUCGAUAUGAGGUUAUAAUGAAAGGAAACAAAAUCCAGAUUUAGGGCGCUUUCAAUUUAUGCGAUGAUCGUUUUUUUCAAUCAAAUCGAGCGGUGCGGCAACAGCGCUUCGCUGGUAAUGCACGCGCUCGACAACAAGACGGCAACAUCGCAUGCACGACGUGACACGUGUUCAUUUUGGGGUUGAAUAGUGCGAUGUAAUUAUAGAAUUCAGAGCUAAAUAAUUAAAAAAACUGGUAUACAUACGCACGGCAGUCAGACACGCUUUCAAUUUAGGGUUUAAAUUGAAAGCACCCUUAGAGUUGAGUUAUUUUAUAAUAUUGUAUAUAAUGUAAAAAGCCUUACAAAAAAAUAAAAGCAAUAAUUGUGUACUUAAAGCUUCUAGUUGUAAGGUAGUUGUUAUUUUAUCUUGUUAUUGU